AUGGGACUCAUAUCCCUAUUACUGUUGGAGGACAUGAUGCACAACGAUAUUGGAAUCGGAAGAUAUUAUUUAGGUGAUUCAGGUUAUGCUCUUCGACCCGGUUUUCUCACACCGUAUCGGGGAGAGAGGUAUCACCCUGAUCAACACAGUACAUCACGCCAACCUACUAGUUAUAAAGAAAUGUUUAACAAGAAGCAUUCUUCCCUUAGAUUAGUAAUCGGGCAAACUUUCGGAAUAUGGAAGGCGAAAUGA